GGAAAGUCCAUUACACAAGUGCCUCAAAGGAAGUGAUUGAGGCUUAUUCAACUCAAUUCGCCAAGGACAUGGGGACCUUUCUUUCUGCAAGAGCAACAGAGCUUGUUUCUGGAGGGCUGAUGGUCCUUAUCCUGCCAGGACUCCCAAAUAGGAUUCCUCAUUCGGAGUCCACUGCUGGUAUGUUGUUUGAUCUUCUGGGGUCCUGCCUCAUGGAUAUGGCAAAGAUAGGAUUAACUGAUGAAGCCAAAGUAGACUCCUUCAACUUCCCCUUCUACAUGGCUUCUCCCCAGGAGCUGGAAGAUCUGGUAGAGAGAAAUGGGUUAUUCAGCAUCGAGAGACUGGAGCAAGUCAUCAACGUAACAAGGAACACAGGCGCCCUUACUGAGCAAUCCUGUUCGAUGCACUUGAGAGCUGCCUUGCAGGGAAUCAUCAAGGAACACUUCGGAAGUGAGAACAUAGACGAACUGUUCGACCGGUUCUCUGAGAAACUUGGCCGGUCUUCCUAUCUUUUGAACGCAGACUAUACGAAAGGGACUCAAUUGUUUAUCGUUCUCAAGCGCAAGAUGACUGAUUAAAACGGUACCAAGACCCCAAUAAAGUCCAAGUUCUUGUUGAAGCCUGGUUUCUCAUCGUAUUGUUCAACACAUGACUAUGCAUGAAUCCUGGAUAAACUUUUUUUUUUUCGUCUUGUAUGGUUGCUACCUAAAAAGUUUAAAUGAAAUAUUUAAUAUUCAA